UGUAACGAGCUGGCACUUCUGUUUAAUUUAGAAUAGUAAGAGUGGAUUUUGUGUUGCUUUUUUUUUGUUGGUGGGACCUAAUACUGUUUUGUGUUCUACCCUUAAGUGCAGUUCCUCCAGUACUUCAGUUUAUGAGCAAGCUGUUCUACUAGAAUUACCAGCUUUGACACCAGAUGGAGAAGGAGUUGAUCUGCAGAGACUGUAACAUGCUGUUUCACUCCACCCGGCUACUCGAGAAACAUAAAGUACUGUUGUGCAUUGGGAGUGAGGCAGGGCACAUUCAGGCACAAAGACACAGCUCUGAACCUCUCAGGAGGAACAAAGCUGGAGGCGUGGACCCGAAACAGACAAGAACCCCUGACCUGGUGAAGCUGAGAGGUCAGCAGAGGAGCAAGAGUAGGAGGGGAAAUGUUGAUGCAGAACUGAAGUCACCAAGAGUGGAAGACAAAGCAGCGACCUGCCAGAGAGACAGUGCUGCUCUGCAAAACCUCACUGAUGAGUUUCACAAGCUGAGGACGUCAAUUGAAGAAAAUCUGCCAAAGUGGUCAAAAAGGACCAAUGAUUCCAAAGUUGGCUCCACAGUCUCUUUUUUCACUCAUAAGUUGGCUCAUCAGGUUAGCAUCCUGGCUGAGCAGAGCAACACAACUCACAUGGAGAGACUGCUGACGGAGCUCAGAGAGCAGGAGGAGAGGAACAAGGAGACACUGCAACAACUUACCGAACAUCUUUGCGCAUUACAUGUGCGAGAGGGCUCUGUACCUGCUGAUCAGUCAGAUCCACACAAGAAGAAAAAGAUGCAUCAUGACAACUACAAGCUCCUUUUAUCUGUGGAAGGCCCUCUCUCUAGCCAGAUAAAAGCACUGCAGCAGGUGUAUAUGCAGUCAGGUGGGUCUGAUCCAGCCGUUGUGACAGAGCUGAUAGACCUGCAGGCUCAAGCCCAAAGCCUAGAGAAAGACCGACCAGCAGCAGCCUCCAAGGCCGGAAAAAAGAACUUGUGGUUCCGGCUGCAGAUCUGUGGCAAAAAUAUGAGCAUCUUUAAGUCCCAAGUCCCAUUAUCAUCAUUGUUGUCCUCGUGUCCAGAUGUAAAGGCUUCACAUCCAAGUUGGGAGCUGCUGGUUUUGGAGCAGGAAAACCAAAGACUGGAAGAGGAGAUCCUCAGGAUCCAGCUGGCCAGAGAGAGACACAGUGCUUCUGAAGCAGCAGUGAAGACGGAGCUUGAGCUGAUUCAGAGGGAGAACCUCCACUGGAUUUCUAGCGUACAGGCUGAGAUGGAAAGAAGGAAAGAAGCUUCCAGGCCCAGGAGACAGCCUCCUCCAUCUCCACUCCCACUCCAGCCUAAGAACCACAUUCAUGCACCUCUUUCACUGUUCCAGACCAGAUCCUUCUCAUGUUCUCUGGGAGGACAUGUUUUGGACUCCUCGGACUCUCUUGGUCCGGCCCCCUAUGACCCUCUCGCUGGCUUUGUUGUUUUCUAUGACAUGGCGCUGGGAGUGGAUGCCUCUCAGAAGGCCCUGCAUCUGGUCUCUGCUCUUUACUCAAAAGGUCAGAAAGUGGGACCGUCAACUCUGCUUCCUGCUGUCCAGUGCCUUCCAGGAGUGCCUUGUCCUUACCCGCACAGCCUCACCCCUGGAAACAAUGUCCUCCUGUCAGUCAAACAGCAUGCACCCAGCAUCCAGCCGUCACCCUACCUCUGUCUGGUAGUGGAGCUGCAGGCAGCAAGAGAUCUGGAUGAUUAUAACCAUGAAGUCUACAAACUGGCAUCCUGCGGCUGGACACGACUAGAGCUCUUUGAUCAGCACAACCAGCUCCAUAGUGGCCACUGGAGGGUGCCAGUGCGCACUCUGCCUAUUAGACCUUCUGGAAGCAUUGCCCAGCUCAACUCAAUACCCCAGGUGGGCACCACGGAGCUGUGUGUACGUUUGGUCAACGGACGAGAUGGAGAUGUGCAGACUCUGAUAAAGCCUGAUCCACACAGCACCAGCCACUACAAAUACCCACCUGUGGAGUCCUGUCUUCCUGCCUCGAUCCACAGUGUUGCUGCUCCGCCAGUUUCAGCUCCACAGCCCACUGGAGUGCAUCAACUCUCCUCGCUGCUGCCCUGCACAGACCCCAAACCCCCAUCACCCACAAAGACAGAAUGGAAAGAGAACAUGUAGAAAACACAUCUACAGUCAGGACGUAAAUUCUUAAAAAGAUACAGGCCUUUACUCUACAUUCAGAUGAAAUAUGCAGUGGUCUACAGUAGAAGCCUAGCUAUGCUCUAAAACUACAGUAAAGUAGCAGUGUGCUGUUGAAAAAGAACACAGAAGAGGAACAACGGCCACCAUUGACAGAAGUGACUUUUAGUAACAUUGUUUGUUUUCUACUUCAAAGUCUCUCAAGCCUGUAGGGAUAUAUUAAAAUUUGUCAACAUCUCAAGUUGUGACACCAAAAAACACAAAGUUGAAGAAACACACAUUUAAGAUGAAACU